AUGGCCAAUUUGGCAUUAUAUAAUUUGAUUAUACACAACUUGCUGCAAAGCAAUUUGAGCAGUGUGCUCAUAUUUCACUGUUGGCACCUGCCAGCUCUUUUACCAUUGGGCCAAUUAUUCUCUCACAACUUGAUAUUUUCGCAAUACGUAAAUCUGAAUCAGUCCAACGAGCACCUGGCUAACUUUAGUAAGACAUAUUUGGAUAGUGAAUUAAAGAAAUUGGGUGUGUUUUUAGACUUGAACUGUGAGCAGAGCAAUUAUAUAACUAAUCAGUCCAGUCAAGCCCAGCUCUAUACGCAAGACUUUCAUUGGCUGAUCUACGAUAAAGCAGGCAAUGUGAAUCGAUUUGAGGAACUCUUUGUGCGAGCUAAUCUGAGCAUCAAUGCGGAUGUGACCUAUGUGAAAGAAGAGCAAUACUCCAAACACGAGAGCCUCUUCACACUUUACGAUGUCUACAAUCCAGGCAGCCACUUGGGUGGUCAGCUCAAUAUAACGAUAGAUCAGAGCAUCAAAUGCAAUCGAACCAAAUGUGAGCUCAACCAAUAUUUGAGUGAUUUAUACAAACGAACCAGACUGCAGCAGCGCAUGGAUUUGAGCGGAGUUACCUUCAGACAAGUUGCCGUGGUGACCGUUAAGCCAUUGAGCGUGGGCGAGGAGAAGCUGCUCGAGUUUCUGAAUAGCGAAGAGAACGUGCAUAUGGAUUGGCCCUCACGUUUGGGCUAUCGCCAUAAUUUGCACCUACAGGAGCUGCUGAGAUUCAACUUAACUUACAUUUGGCGUAAUCUGUGGAGCGUAAAUGAUACCCAAGGCGGCGCCAUAGGUGUGGUGAUCGACGGGAAUGUCGAACUGUCGACAUCGGCAUUUGUGCUCUCAAGUCAGCGAAUGCGUCACAUCUUUCCCACCAUGGAAGUUAGCCAAUUUCGCUCGAUUUGCAUUUUUCGCACUCCACACAAUGCCGGCAUCAAAGCUGGCGUCUUUCUGGAGCCCUUCAAGUUCAGUGUCUGGUUGGUUUUUGUCGUUACACUGAUCCUUGCUGGCAUAUUGCUGUGGCUAACCUUUCGACUGGAGCAUCGUUGGAUGCAGCACUGUAUGCAGUAUAUACCCUCGCUGUUGAGCAGUUUGUUGAUUAGCUUUGGCGCCGCCUGCAUUCAGAGCUCUCAUCUGAUACCCAGCUCGACGGGCGGCCGUCUGGCAUUCAUAGCACUCAUGAUGACCUCAUUUCUUAUGUACAACUAUUACACGUCGAUUGUGGUGUCCACGUUAUUGGGCUCGCCGGUUCGCUCCAAUAUUAAAACCAUGCAGCAGCUGGCCGACAGCUCUUUGGAUGUGGGCUUCGAAACAAUUUCCUUCACUAAAACGUAUUUAAAUAGCUCACCACGUGCCGAUAUCCGAGCUUUGGUUAAGCGCAAGGUGGAUGGACAUGAUCCCAAACAAAUCUGGAUGUCAGUCGAUGAAGGUGUGCUGCGAGCCCGUGAUCAGCCUGGAUUCGUUUUCGUCUCGGAAGCCUCAAACCUAUACACCUUCAUCGAGAAGUACUAUUUGCCGCAUGAAAUAUGCGAAUUGAAUGAAAUCAUGUUCCGUCCGGAGAGUAAUGUCUACAUGAUUGUGCACAAGAAAUCCACUUACAAGGAGCUACUGAAGCAAAUCCAUGUGCGCAUGCUGGAGACGGGCAUUAUUCAGAAACAUAAGCUCUUCUAUACCAAGGCCAAGCUGCACUGCUUCGCCAACAAUUAUGUCAUCAAUGUGGGCAUGGAAUAUGCAGCGCCGCUCUUUAUAGGUCUGCUGCUUUCCUACAUUGCCUCGAUGAUUACCCUAAUACUGGAACUAGGCUGGGCUUACUUCGGCAGACGACAAUCCCAGCGUUUGCCCACUGCGGAAUCACUUUUUCACAUUGCACAAUUAGCCGGAAAGGAAAUGCUGUACACUCAAUAUAUUAACCUUAACCACACAAACACCCUAUCGGAGCACUUACAAGAUAAUCUCAUGGAACACAAUCUCGUCAAGCUGGGUAUUUAUCUGGAUAUUAAUUGUCGAAGUAGUGCGUUAUUCUUGUCUAUGGCCAACGAGAAAAACCUUUUUAAGGGACGCUAUCACUGGCUUAUCUACGAUCAGGACUUCAACUUGACUGAAGUGCUUGGACGAUUUGAAGAGACGCAACUAUAUAUCGAUACGGAAUUGACUUAUGUAGAGCCCAAUCCAAAACGCGAUAGCUUUGUACUCUAUGAUCUGUAUAACAAGGGCAAACAUCUGGGCGCUAAGCUAAACAUGACCGUAGAUCGACAAAUCAAAUGCAAUGAUCAGCGUUGUGAAUUGAGUCGUUAUUUGAGCGAUCUUCAUAAGGGGAAUCGUCUGCAGCACCGCCGAUAUCUGACUGGAUUAACCCUAAGGAUCAAUGCUGUUGUAACUGCCAUUCCUGCCAAUUCACCCGAAUCGCAGAUUAAGGAAUUUCUUAGUCGUCAAGAUGAUAUCAAUAAUGAUUCAUUUGCCAGAUUUGGUUUUCAGACGCAUCAAGUGUUCAAGGAUUUGCUUGAUUGCAACUAUACCUAUAUAUUCCGUGAUCGGUGGUCAGAUUCAGAACUGACAGGAGGUCUCAUGGGAGACAUCCGUAACCAAAGCGUGGAUAUAACUGCAACUGGAUUUCUGUUCUCCAGUCGACGUACUAAAUACUUCAAAAUGCUGUCCUGGCAUUCGGCCUUUCGCUCCACGUGCAUGUUCCUCAAUCCCAAAUCAUCUGCAGUUGAGCUACGCAUUUCGGAGUUUCUGCAGCCCUUCAGUGCGACAGUUUGGUUUAUAUUUGGCUCUUUGCUGUUGAUUGCUGGCCUUUUACUCUGGAUGACAUUUCGUCUGGAGCGUCGACUAAAUGACAUAGAUAUCAGACCCUCUCUGCUCACCAGCUGCCUGCUGUCGUUUGGUGCCGCUUGUAUUCAGGGUGCCUGGCUGCUACCGCGCUCUACAGGCGGUCGCAUGGUGUUCUAUGCCGUAAUGUUGCUAUGCUUCCUCUUGUACAACUUCUAUACUUCGGUUGUUGUAUCCAUUCUGCUGGGAGAGCCACCCAAAUCGAACAUACGAACGAUCCAACAACUGGCGGAUAGCAACCUCGAGGUGUCCGUUCAGCCAUUAAUAUAUACCAAAGUCUAUAUAGAGACAUCAAGUUAUCCCGAUGUGCGUAGUCUGCAUUUGAAUAAGAUUUUAAACAGCAAACGCGAUAACAUUUGGUUGCCCCCGGAUGAGGGUGUGCGAAUGGUGCGUAACUUUCCCGGAUUUGUCUAUAUUACCGAGGCAUCCAGUUCAUAUGCCUUCGUGCGGAAGCACUUUCUGCCCCACGAGAUUUGCGAACUCAAUGAAAUUCUUCUGCGGGACGAGACAAGUGCUCACACUACGGUAGCCAUAAACUCCAGCUAUGCCGAACUGUUUAAACAAAACUAUCUUCGCCUGCUGGAAACUGGAGUUCACUUCAAGCACUUUCGAUAUUGGGUUCGCAACAAGCUCCAUUGCUACGACAGCAAUAGAGGUGUGGUCGUGGGCAUGGACUCUGCCGGGCCACUGUUUCUGCUGCUGAUAUGUGCCUAUAUACUGUGUCUGUUCGUUUUGGGUCUGGAAAUACUGUUCCACAGGCGACAGCAACGAGCUGGCCUCAAUAACAAAAUGCAGCUGUUGCAAUUGGCCAACUUUGUGCUGCAGAAUUUGCUGCAGUCGCGCAUAAGCUUCAUCAUUUUCUUUCACUGCUGGGCAAAUAAUGAGACCUUACAGUUCGCACAACAAAUCCAUCAGCCUCAUCAGCAGCCCAUCUACUAUCAGUUUGCCCAUUUGAGAGACUGGAACUGGGAGCACCUGGAGCAACGUUAUUUGGAUCACGCACAGCCCACGCUGGCCAUUUACGUGGACUUGAGGUGCAUGCGAAGCAGAAGUCUUUUAGCAGAGGCCAGUCGAGCUCGGCUCUACAAUCAGCACUACCAUUGGGUGCUGCACGACAGCUCGGAGGCUUUCAGCUUUUACGAUUUCUUCAGGCGCUCAAACAUAUCCAUCGAUGCUGACGUGGACUAUGUGAAGCAGCAUAUGCCACACAGUAAAGAUAAGGAUGCCGUUGUCUACACGGUAUAUGAUGUCUACAGCAAUGGCAAUCACAUUGGCGGGCAGCUUAAUAUGACAGUGAACUAUGAGCUCAGCUGCAAUCGAAGCAGCUGCGAUGGCAUUCGCUAUCUCAGCUCAUUGCAUUUGCGCUCCAAGUACGGCAAUCGGGAGCAGCUGACGGACGUGGUGCUGCGCGUGGCUACGGUGGUGACACAGCGACCCAUUACCUGGCCGCCGGAGCAGCUGCUGCAGUUCCUCAACCAAAUCAACGACACACACAUCGAUGGUAUAGCGCGCUUUGGCUUUCAGCUGAGUCUGAUACUCAAGGAUCUGCUGCAGUGCGGCAUGAAUUUCACAUUCAAGGAUCGUUGGAGCUACGGCGACUACAAUGGCGGCUCUGUGGGCGCUGUGGUCGAUGAAACAGCCGACAUUGGCUCGGCGCCCUGCCUGGCCACACCGGGCAGACUCCAUCUCCUGUCGGCCAUCAUUGAGACGGGCUACUUUCGCUCGAUUUGCCUGUUCCGCACGCCUCACAACGCCGGCAUCAGGGGCGACGUCUUUCUGCAGCCCUUCAGCGCCCUGGUUUGGUUUCUCUUUGCCGGCAUCCUGCUGCUGAUCGCUCUAAUGCUCUGGCUCGCCUUCUACAUGGAGUCCAAGCGCAUGCAUCGUAGCUGGCGCUUGGAGUUUGUACCUUCUCUGCUGAGCACCUGCCUAAUUAGCUUCGGUGCUGCGUGCAUCCAAAGCUCGGCCCUAACACCGCGCUCCACGGGCGGACGUUUGGCCUACUUUGCACUGUUUCUGAUUAGCUUUAUAAUGUACAACUAUUAUACGUCUGUGGUGGUCUCCUCGCUGCUGAGCUCACCUGUCAAAUCGAAGAUCCAGACGGUGCAACAGCUGGCUGAGAGCUCGCUAACCGUUGGACUUGAGCCGCUGUCAUUUACGAAGAGUUAUCUCAAUUACACUCAACGCCCGGAGAUUCAUUUGCUUCGCAAGCGCAAAAUCGAGCCACAAUCCCACAAUCCCGAGCUCUGGCUGCCCGCGGAGCAGGGCAUUCUACGUGUGCGCGACAGACCCGGCUAUGUGUUUAUCUUCGAGGCCUCCUCGGGCUAUGAGUAUGUGGAGCGUUACUAUACCCAGCAGGAGAUUUGCGAUCUCAAUGAGAUACUGUUUCGACCCGAACUGCGGCUCUACACCCACCUGCAUCGCAACUCCAGCUACAAGGAACUCGUGCGCUUAAGAUUGCUGCGCGUUUUGGAGACUGGCAUCUAUCGCAAGCAUCGCACUUGGUGGGCCCGCAUGAGGCUGCACUGCUACUCGCAGAACUUUGUCAUUACCGUGGGCAUGGAAUAUGUGGCACCGCUCUUCUUCAUGCUGCUAUGUGGCUACCUCUUGGUGGUGGUGCUGCUGCUGCUCGAACUGGCCUGGCAACGUUACGUGCAGCGCUCAAAUUAAGCUUUAAAGGCUCACCUUGCACCUCUCACGAAUAUA